CCCUGAUUAUCUGACGGAAGGUAAUUUUUUUUUGUUUUUUUUUUGCGGGAUUCUACCAUACAGUAUAGAAUUCGUUUUAUUCAUCGUGCUUUCUCAUAUACAGAUGCAAAGGAUAUAAUCAAACGUAUGCUAGCACCAUAUGGCACAAGAGCAUCUUUAGAUAUAGUCAUUCACCAUCCUUGGCUAGCAAAUUACAGACACCGUUUACUCGACUAUCAUAAACAGUAUUGCCAUGACCAAAUGGAAGACUUGAAUAAACGUAGUAUCACCACGAAUCAUGAGGGAGACAUAACUGUCAAUCAAGAGAGCUUGGAAAACGAGCAGUGUAGGACAAAACCUCCUUCUUUGAUAUGCAAUUCAGCAUCCAAAAGGACGGUGCUCAGUCAUAAAAAAUCAAUCAAACGAUUUAAUAGUGUUGGUACAACAUCAACAGUCAUGCUUCAUCAACAUAUUGUCACAGCUACACCCAAUUAUCAUGAACGAACAUCUCCUCAUUCUAACAGUAAAACUUAUCGGAGCUUACACCAACACAAAGGCAGGAGAGGCAUUUCUUUUAAAAAAGCAUUUACUUUUGUCUUUCAAGGCCCGUUUCCUCCACCUAAACGACCUUACCAAGACCUUUCACAUUUAGGCACGCGAAAAUCAGUGUUCUUAAAUUGCAGAGCUUAAAAGAACUCCUACUCUCCCUCCCUCUUCGCCUUAUAAAUCAAAUGGUAAAAAGAGAUAGAGUUUCGUUUAGCC